CUUUCGCUGCUUGUCUGAAUCUGGGUAGCGGCCAAAUGGUUGCGAUUGAGGCCGCGCUUUUCUCUCCCGCAGUCAAAUAAAGAGUUUUGCAAAGAAUGCGGACCGGAUUCGUCAUUGGCAACUUUCAUCGGCGGAAGCUCGGGAGACACCGAUCGGCGAGUUCCCGAUUUGAUCAAAGACGAGAACUCGCGACCUGAUCUGGACCCGUCAAACUGUCAAGUGACACUGUCCGCGAAUAUAAAAGGCCUUCGUUGUGACGAUCUUGCGAACAGUUUGUUCGUGACGAGAGAGAGCAAUGUCGAGGAUUCCUCUGUUCCUGACGUUACUAUGCGUCACUCGAGCGCUCGCUUCGGACGAUGCGAAGCAGCAGAAACGAGGAAUCGUUGGUAGUGACGGAUGGAUCGGUCUAUCGGGUCCUCACGGAUACGGACAUGGACACCCCUGGUCGAUCGGUCAUGCCCCUUGGAAAGGGCUCAAACUGCCGGAAGUCAAUCUACACGCAGGGUUGCAUUUGGCAGACGCGUAUCCGUUUUACGGUAGAGGCGGUAUCGCCCUGACACCCGAAAUCGUCAAGACGUUUCCGGUGUACAUAACGAAGCAUGUGGUGCUCGAAAAGCCGGUUCCAGUUCCGGAGCCGGUGAUCAUAGAGAAACCGUAUCACGUGCCGGUGCCGAUCGAGAAGAUUGUUCACAAACCGGUCCCCAUUCCUAUACCGGUGCCUCAGCCGCUGCCGAUUCCCGUUGAGCAUCCAGUGCCGAUUCCUGUGAAGCAUCCGGUGCCGGUCGCGGUGCCGGUACAGCAACCGAUUCCAGUUCCAGUGAAACAUCCGGUGCCGGUGCCGGUGCCGGUGCCAGUUCCGCUGCACCCGCUUCCACCGCCAUUUCCGCUGCACCCGAUCCCAUCGCCACUCUCGCUGUUUGCCGGCGGUCUUGAUGGUUCCAUUUAUGCGCCGGCUCAUCUUCACGGUCAUGUCCCAACCGUCUUGCAUUUGGGCCAUGGAGCUGUUCACGGUCUCGCCCACGGCUUCGGCCACGGGCUCGGCCAUGCGUUUGCACACGGUUACGGUCACGACUACGGCUAUCACGAUCACGAUUCCCAUGCCGAUCAUAUCAUUCAUGAGCACAAGAAGAGAAAGACUGACAAGAACUGA